AAAGAUCCUCACCACCCAGGCCAUGCUCUUUUCUCAUACGUCUUUUAUCACACGGCCAUCAAGUAGAAGUAUUGGAAAUAAAAUAGGAAAGAAAAUUCCUACACCACGUCGACUUUCGUCCAUUUUCCUUUUGAUACCUAUCGCCGUAUCAGUGGUGUGAUAUGAAGCCUUAAAGCAACGAAUCCGCAAAGCUCCGGUAAUAACAAGUGGGCUGGAAAGUAAUCGUGUAUACUCGCAGUGACUCAUAGAAAGCCAACGGAAAAGCUGAACUAUACAACGAACACAAGAAGCAACACAAAUGUCCAGAAGCUUUAUUGAAAGCACAGUGCUUCAAUAGCAAAAGUGUCAGAAUGACACGUAGACGUAAAACUACUAACAGGAUGGUAAGGAAUUUUUGGAUGAUAUUUUUUACUGUCACCACCUCAGAAUCAGGAGAAGGAAAUACUACUCCACAGCCUCUGGAUUUCUUAGAUUCUCCUGAUUGUUUCAAACCUGCACUGCAAGAAUACUACUAUGGAUGUGUGGGUGAACCUUUUGAAGUGACAUGUGAGCUAAAUAAUCUCAGUGAUAACAAUUCUAUUAACUAUUUAAGCGACCAAUUAUUAUGGUACAAACAAGGCAGGGAAGGAAGUGUUCAACAAAGUACUGAUUGGAAUGAAGUUGUUAGUCAAAGAGGAAAGAAUUUUUCACUUUCAUCGAUCAGCACGGCUGAUUCUGGUACUUACCUCUGUUUGCUCAGAAAUAGUGGCUUCUGCCUUAAGGUGGUAGUACUACGUGUGAAAAAGCAGAAUGAAACAGGUUGUCAAGACACUCAAAGUUGUGAGGUUAUCCUAAUUCGGCAGAGAUCAGCUACAAUAACAUGUCCAGGAAUUCAACAUUUCAAUUCCUCAGAAAGAUCUCCUGUGGAGUGGUACAAGAAUGGGGAACUAGUUGAAGAACGUGAUUAUCGAUAUAGUCUUGAGUUAAGAAAUGACCAAAUUUAUUUACAAACUGUAUAUCAAGUAGAUUCUGGCAAUUACACGUGUACCUUUAAGUUCUUUGAAAAUAAAAUCCCAUGGCUUGUGAAAAGGACAUUAACCGUGAAUGUUAUGGAUGCUGACACAACAAAACCUCCAACUGUAAUUGACCCGCAUGGAGUAAAGACAAUUGAAGUAGAAAUUGGUAGUUCUGUGCAGUUAACCUGCAAAGUUUCUUUUGGUUUUGAAAAGAAUUUUUCCCCUGUGAUAAAAUGGUUAACAAAUGAGGGUGAGAUGGAAAAUAUGAGAAUCCAACAGGGCGAAGUUCGUUAUUUGUUUAGGUUCACCGAAAAAAAUAAAGAAUUUUUAUUGACCCGGGAAGCAAAACUGAAUGAAGUUACUGCAGAAGACUUUAAUACCAACUUCACUUGCUUCUCUCAGAAUUCCCAGGGAAAUUCAUCUGGGGUGCUUAGGCUGAAAGAGAAAGAGUUGUCCACCUUUCAAAUAAAAGUGAUAACCAUAUCUACAUCACUAAUAUUCGUGGUGAUUGUUUCUGGAUUUGUUGGAGUAUAUAAAUUCUGGUUGGAAAUUGUUCUACUUUACCGGUAUUAUUUCUCAAAGGAUGAAACCAUUGGAGAUGGGAAAGAAUUUGAUGCCUUUGUUUCAUAUGCAAGUUCCUGUUCAUCUGGGGAGGAUGUUGAGAGUGACGGCUAUUUCAUUACAGAGGAGAGGUUUGCCCUGGAACUGCUUCCCAGCAUCUUGGAGGAGCAGUAUGGGUAUAAGCUGUGCCUCUUUGAGCGAGAUAUACUUCCUGGAGGUGUUUAUACAGAAGAUGUUAUUUUAUGUAUAAAAAGAAGCAGGAGAGUAAUAAUUGUCCUGAGUCCUAAUUACUUUGCUUCGGCUAAAUCAAGAAUCUUUGAACUGCAAACGGGUGUCAACACCAUGCUCGAUAAUUUCAAAACCAAGGUGAUUUUGAUCAAUUUCCAUGCCCUACCUCAAGGAACUGAUCUUCCAGACAAUGUUAAAAGGGCCAUUGCAGUGCUGCCGGAGAUAACGUGGAAAGGUAGCAAGUCUUCUCAUCCAUCCUCAAAGUUCUGGAAGAUGCUUAGGUACUAUAUGCCAGUGAAAAAGAAAGAACUAUGUGAGAAAAAUGAGAUGUCAAAAGCAUUAAUCUAAUGGAUAGACUUUGACAUACUCGUAACUACUAUGUCAGUUAUUUGUCUAUUUAAUUGAAUUACAUGUUACGUAUUGUCAAAUGUACUGGAAGUCAGAAGCUAUUUUAAUUGUACAAUAUAAAAAUAUAUAUCAACACAAUACAUAUUGUUAUGCUUAUAAAAAGAAUGUGUUUGUUGCAUCAGUUUUGGAUGUACACUGUAGAAUAUAGAUCAGUACAGCACAGUAUGGGUUCUUUGGCCCAUGAAGUUGUGCUGACCUACAGCAAAUGAUUAUUUGCAGAUGACACACUGUUGGAUGGUUGACAGACUUGUAGCAGGUCUCCACCUCAGGACAAAUUAGGAUCACCAUACCUUUACUUGCAAGAUGAAACAGGGAUAAGGAUGCUAUGCAUAGAGAAUAUGAUCACAAAUCUCUGAAGCAAAAAAAAAGUCAAUCUCAGGAAAACUAGCUGUUACCUUUUAAACUAAUUGAACUAAUUCAAAGGAAGUCAUGGGAGACUAAAAUGCAGGCCUAACUUCAUGUUUACUUUAAUUGAGGCACACACGUAUUGCGUGGUAGCGUGACUUAAUGUAGUUAUACA